CUGUUGGGGCCCAGCCCCUACUCAUGGUGCCCAGAAGACCCGGCUAUGGCACCAUGGGCAAACCCAUUAAGCUGCUGGCUAAUUGUUUUCAAGUUGAAAUCCCAAAGAUUGAUGUCUACCUCUAUGAAGUAGACAUUAAACCAGACAAAUGUCCUAGGAGAGUGAACAGGGAGGUAGUUGACUCAAUGGUUCAGCAUUUUAAAGUAACUAUAUUUGGAGACCGUAGACCAGUAUAUGACGGAAAAAGAAGCCUUUAUACAGCUAAUCCACUUCCUGUGGCAACUACUGGGGUAGAUUUAGAUGUUACAUUACCUGGGGAAGGUGGAAAAGAUCGACCUUUCAAGGUGUCAAUCAAAUUUGUCUCUCGGGUGAGUUGGCACCUGCUGCAUGAAGUACUCACAGGACGGACCUUGCCUGAGCCACUGGAAUUAGACAAGCCAAUCAGCACUAACCCUGUCCAUGCCGUUGAUGUGGUGCUACGACAUCUGCCCUCCAUGAAAUAUACACCUGUGGGGCGUUCCUUUUUCUCAGCUCCAGAAGGAUAUGACCACCCUCUUGGAGGGGGCAGGGAAGUAUGGUUUGGAUUCCAUCAAUCUGUUCGACCUGCCAUGUGGAAAAUGAUGCUUAAUAUUGACGUUUCUGCCACUGCCUUCUACAAAGCACAACCUGUCAUUCAGUUUAUGUGUGAAGUUCUUGACAUUCAUAAUAUUGAUGAGCAACCAAGACCUCUGACUGAUUCUCAUCGGGUAAAAUUCACCAAAGAGAUAAAAGGUCUAAAAGUUGAAGUGACUCAUUGUGGAACAAUGAGACGGAAAUACCGUGUUUGUAAUGUAACGAGAAGGCCUGCCAGUCAUCAAACCUUUCCUUUACAGUUAGAAAAUGGCCAGACUGUUGAGAGAACAGUAGCACAGUACUUCAGAGAAAAGUAUACUCUCCAGCUGAAAUACCCACACCUUCCCUGUCUGCAAGUGGGGCAGGAACAGAAGCAUACCUACCUGCCACUAGAAGUCUGUAAUAUUGUGGCAGGGCAACGAUGCAUCAAAAAGCUAACAGACAAUCAGACUUCUACUAUGAUCAAGGCAACAGCAAGAUCUGCACCAGAUAGACAAGAGGAAAUUAGCAGAUUGGUAAGAAGUGCAAAUUAUGAAACGGAUCCAUUUGUUCAGGAGUUUCAAUUUAAAGUUCGGGAUGAAAUGGCCCAUGUCACCGGACGCGUCCUUCCAGCACCUAUGCUCCAGUAUGGAGGACGGAACCGAACAGUAGCAACACCAAGCCAUGGGGUAUGGGACAUGCGUGGAAAACAGUUCCACACAGGAGUUGAAAUCAAAAUGUGGGCCAUUGCUUGUUUUGCCACACAGAGACAGUGCAGAGAAGAAAUAUUAAAGGGGUUCACGGACCAGCUGCGUAAAAUCUCCAAGGAUGCAGGAAUGCCCAUCCAGGGCCAGCCAUGUUUCUGCAAAUAUGCACAGGGAGCAGACAGUGUAGAGCCCAUGUUUCGGCAUCUCAAGAACACAUAUUCUGGGCUACAGCUCAUUAUUGUCAUCCUGCCAGGGAAAACACCAGUAUAUGAGGUAAAACGUGUAGGAGAUACACUUUUGGGUAUGGCUACCCAGUGUGUUCAAGUCAAGAAUGUAAUAAAAACAUCUCCUCAAACUCUCUCAAAUUUGUGCCUAAAGAUAAAUGUUAAACUCGGAGGGAUCAAUAAUAUUCUUGUACCUCAUCAAAGACCUUCUGUGUUCCAGCAACCAGUGAUAUUUUUGGGAGCAGAUGUCACUCAUCCUCCUGCUGGUGAUGGAAAGAAGCCCUCUAUCGCUGCUGUUGUAGGUAGUAUGGAUGCCCACCCAAGCAGAUACUGUGCCACAGUCAGAGUUCAGAGACCUCGACAGGAGAUCAUACAAGAUUUGGCCUCCAUGGUCCGGGAACUUCUCAUUCAAUUUUAUAAGUCAACUCGGUUCAAACCUACUCGUAUCAUCUUUUAUCGGGAUGGUGUUUCAGAGGGACAGUUUAGACAGGUAUUAUAUUAUGAACUACUUGCAAUUCGAGAAGCCUGCAUCAGUUUGGAGAAAGACUAUCAACCUGGAAUAACCUACAUUGUGGUUCAGAAGAGACAUCAUACUCGAUUAUUUUGUGCUGAUAGGACUGAAAGGGUUGGAAGAAGUGGCAAUAUUCCAGCUGGAACAACAGUUGAUACGGACAUUACACACCCAUAUGAGUUUGAUUUUUACCUUUGUAGCCAUGCUGGAAUACAGGGUACCAGCCGUCCUUCGCACUAUCAUGUUUUAUGGGAUGAUAAUUGCUUUACUGCAGAUGAACUUCAACUGCUAACUUACCAGCUCUGCCACACUUAUGUACGCUGUACACGAUCUGUUUCUAUACCUGCACCAGCAUAUUAUGCUCAUCUGGUGGCAUUCAGAGCCAGAUACCAUCUUGUGGACAAAGAACAUGACAGUGCUGAAGGAAGCCAUGUUUCAGGACAGAGCAAUGGGCGAGACCCACAAGCUCUUGCCAAGGCUGUACAGAUUCACCAAGAUACCUUACGCACAAUGUACUUUGCUUAACAAGUCCAAGUGUGUUCUUGAAGGGAAGAACUGAGCGAUGAAUCAACAUACAGCAUAUGUCUCCAGUAGUCCACUGAGUAGAUGUGUCUCCAGCCAUACAGAAGCCAGCACUGUGUGGGAGCCCGGUCCUUAUGUUGAUGCAAGGAAGAUUGUUUACUUCAUCAAGGAACGCAGCACCAUUAUGCAAUAUAAAACCAGCCAGCUGCUUUUUGUGCGGUCUCCUGUAGGAAGUAUCGCAGUUGUUUUGUUUUCUCUUCUUAUAGUCUAACCCUUUUAAUGCCUUUACCUCAAGUUGCUUGGCAGCACAACUAUCUUUGCAAAAAAAAGUAAAGCAAAAGUAAAUGAUGGUUUAAAAAACAUACACCUACACAAAUAAUCAAAGUGAAUAUUCACAAUUACGUGUGCAAAAAAUUAAUGUGCAUUCAUAUAUUCUUGUAAACGGAGUCUGUUUUUAAAUAUAUACAUGCAUAUUUCAUAGGCAUAUAUAUCUGAGUCUAGAUGGAUAAUAGAUAUAUAUGUGUUUAUGUAUAUAUUUUAGGAUUCAUUCCAUUGGGGAAUUUUCCUUCCCUUUUAUUCUCUGCUCACUACCACCUUCAUUUCUCUCUCAACCUCCCUUGCCCUCAUCUUCUAUAUUCCUAAUGCUGCCAGUGACAUUCAAAUGUUCAUCGAUGUGGCUCAUUUGAAUGUGAAGCGUGGCAAGCGAGAUUUCUGUUUUUAUUUUGUACACCUUGCUCCUGUGCUGUUUCAUACACAAUUCUGAGUCAACUCUUGAUACUGCUUUUUGUGUGUCCCUCCUGCUCUGAACUUAUAUUUGCUGUUUGUGCAAUGUGUACAUACACAGUAGCAACCUGAACUAUUCUUUUUCUUUAGUGAUUUUGUUGAAGCUGCUAUAAAUACAAAACUCUGUGAGAAGUUCUAACCCUUUCUCUCUGAUAUAUGAUGUGUAUUGUGAAGCCUUCUGUUUCCAGGAGUUAUACACAAGGUAAAUAUUUUAAGAGAUUAGAAUGCUGUAGGGUUGAGGCCUCUGAAAUUGGGUGAAGAGAGAAAGGUUUAUGAGGGGAUUGGUUUUUGCUAGUUUACUUGCUGCCUCUCAUACUUUAAUGUGAUUUUCAUAUAUAUAUUUUUAUAUAUAUGUCUGUGUUUAUAUAUAAACAUAUAUGUAUGUGUUUUGAAAUAUAGCUUCCUUUUCUUUUAUAUUUAUUAGAAUAGUGCUUUAAUAAUUAUAGAAUUGUAUUGGCAACAUCUUUUAUAGAAAUAUAGUCAUGUUUAUUUUAAGAACUUACAACUUGUUUUUUGCUAUCUUUUAGUGCAAUAAGCAGUUUUAAAGGAAAAUGUGUCUGUUUGACACCAUUACAACAGAUUGUAGGAGAAACAGGAACCUCCAUUGUUUUAAAAUGGCGAAGUAAUACAGCCUUAAUUUCAGAAGGAAAGUUUCAUAAUUUUCAAUUUUAAUGCAUGUCUUUUGAAAAUCAUAAUGAUAAUGAAGUAAAAUUUCCUAGACGAAUCUGACUUUAUUAGAAAUAUUUACUUUAAGAAAUGACAGAGACAAAUUUUUUAAUUAUUUAAAAGUAGAUAAUUAUUAUUGAGGAAUAAUACUGGAUAGAUGCCUAAGUUCAUUUACUAAAAUGAAUCCAGAAAAUACAAGAUCUUAUUUUUAAAUUUUUUUUGUUGAUUUACCAAAAUAUAACUUGCUUCUUAAAAUUAAGGUGGUAGGGACAAAAGAUGGUAGGACUUUGAUCAUUUUAAAUGAGUUCAAUCACUGAAAUGCAAGGAAAACUCUUUACAAAGCUUUUGUUUUAUUGAUUUCACUUUAGGAUAUUAAAACGUACUGUAAAGCUGUCAAAACCUGGUUUAUCAGUAACUUUGGAUUCAGGGGAACUUUGUAAUUCAUGUGGAGGUUUUGAUUGGUUUUUCUUUUAUCGGGGGUAAGGUUUUUUUGUUUUACACUGGUUCCGAAUAUAGAUGACACAGAUUGUUUCCAAUGGGCAUUGUUAGCCUUUCAGAAUUCCAUCUGCACCUAAAAACUAAUGGAUGUAGGUCUUUAGUUGCUCUCUUAUCUUCAGUACACUAUUAUUGCCAAUUUACUGUAUGUUGAGCCUGAAAUUUGAGCCCAUGUCCUCCAACAGGCAUGAUAUCUUUUGUCCCUUUGCCAGAAAACUUAAAAAGUACUGUAUUUUCUAUGUUUAUUAUUUUGAAGUAUCUAAAAUGCAAUUUACAACACUGUUUCAAAGCACUUUACAUAGGAUAUUUGUACAGUAUAUACAUUUUUUCUUCUAGCCUUCUUCCAUCUCCUAAAAAAUUCUUUUGAAACAUGUUUCACUUUUUUAU